AUGAGAAAUGAACCUAUGGAUACAGACAAACGAUCGAAUUUUUCGCGGAGCCAGCUCCGAUCUCUACUCAGAGACCACCCAGAAUUAGUUCCCGCUAAAAAAAUCUUAUCCAAUAUACUGGCUACUGAACCAUUAGAAGUAUUGUCUUCCAACGAGCUUGGGGGAAUCUUGGCCAUAGGCCACGCAACAGAUGUAACUCGGAUAUCUGGAAUACGAAGACCGGUUAUAUUUGCUAUGCCAUGUGGAGCAGCAGGUCACAUACUACGACUAGUCCGGCCCCGACAAGAGACGCGAAAAUGGGGAAAAGAAAGUAGUGCGCAACUACACCUCCUCGGUGACUCUUUCUCUGAACAAGGUUACUGGAAGAACUUAAGUGGCACCAUUCAUCAAAUUGUUUCAUCAAAUUCCGAUUCACGGUCUAAUACAUGGCUUGCUAUGCGUCAAAGCACAAUGAUUACAAUAUUUCGACCUAUCUAUGGUAACCUUUCGAAUCAUGACCCAGCACCAAAUGAUACUGAAACAAUCGGCCAAUCCUUACUCCAUGCCAACCCAGUAGCUACUAUCUCGUCAAAGAACGGUUCCAUCAGCUCCCACUCUGAUGUUACAUUUAAUCCAUGGUACCCCCGUCAACUUGCUAUCAUAGACACACUAGGGCUAUGGUCCAUAUAUAAUCUAGAGAUGUCCAGCCAGAAAAAAAAUAACGAACAAGUUAUGUGCGUGAAAUCUGGGACUAUACACGAUAAUUUAAGUUCUAGAAAUUUUUCCCAAGACGUAAAUCUCGGACAUGCAGAUGGUUGGCACCGAAUUUUAUGGGUAUUUAUCCCUAUUACAUUACAAAAUAAAAAUAAAAUUGCAUCUGCUGGAGGUAAAAUAUUACUCUCAUGCCGCCAUUUCAGAGGACCGGGUGACGACUCUAUACGCCUUGUACCCGUCCAAGGCUCACACAUUUCUGUUGUAAUAGUCUCAGCAAAGCACCCACUUAUCAGUAUCUACUCAUUCAGGGAGGGCCCCAAUCUUCAAAUUCCGCUUUGUACGCGUACCUCUAUUAUAAUUCCUUGUACAACGAGAGGGAGUGGAUCUAUCCGUGCCGGGAUAGUUGAAGGUGCGGAAAAUGAGUAUUUACCUGUCUCUAUACAGGCUCCUGAGUAUCUAAGCAAGAAAUCUUUUCAAUCCAGAUCUCGUAUACCCGAAGAACCUUUUAUCGUACCAGAUGUGGUAGAUCAUUUUUACUUCUCGGGUAAUGAGAAAUCUAGCCCAGAAGUUAGACUUGCAAAAAAUCGUGCCACAUCAACCUUCGACUUAUGCCAAAGACUGGACUGGAGUAAAUUUUUUAAGCAUAUAUUCCUCGAAGACAACAUCGUCCAACCAAAUCCUCCUUGUAAUAAAGAUGAUCAUUUAAGCAGCAGUAUUAGUAAAUUCCUUGCUUCGGCUUUCCAGCGCAUUCAAGAAGGGCUCCAUGGUAAUCAUUUUGCUUCAAGUUUAGUAUACGAAAUGUGCGAACUUAGAGAGGCCCCCGAGGAUUUAAUCGACGCGGCAAAAUCGCUUAAGAAUUUCCUAGGCCAUAUAUUUGAAUAUUCACAACAUUUAGAUAAUCAUACUUUGGCCUUGAACGUUGAUUGUAUCUCUAAUUUCGCCAGUUCCAGCCCUUCAUUCGAUCUGAGAAACGCACUAGAUGUCACCGAAAUGUUUGAUCAUCUACUGGAACAAUGGCUUUCUACUUUGCCAAAUUGGGUUCCAAAAAAUUUCCGUGGUGCAAGAUUUAGAAUUGUCCGUCAACUGGCCCUCGACUUAGCAUUAAGCUCUCUGAGAGUAUUUCUUCAAAAAACAAGAGCAGACCCAGAAGGAAUUCAGUCCAGCGAAGUCUCACAAUUGAUUUUUAGAGAGGCAACAACCUCAUCCGAAUCUCCGACGGUUGAAGUACAGGAGGAAUCUGCAGAAACCCGCCUCCGCCGUUACGCCGUGUCAAUAACAGUCCAAUCGAGAAGUAGCGUGCCCAAUAUUUUAGCUGACUGGCCUGCGACGCCCGGGCUCAACCCCGCUCUGUACUCUUAUGAUACCAAUAGAAAAUCACUGAUAGAGACUGUCUGUGACGAUAAGAUUGACACUAAGGAUCAGCCAUAUUCUUUAGGACAGACACAGCGAUCACACGCACCCAAAAAAUAUAUGAGCCAGCAAAGUACUCAUGAUAGUAGUAUAGAGUUUUCUUUUCAUCAAACUUUGAGACAGGGUAAAGAUGUCAAUUCCGCACUCCUUAGCUCACAAGUUGAUGAAGUGCCUAUGACUCAGCCUGAUAGGGGUAUUUUUGGAAGUAGAGCUGUUUAUAAACAAAAGAAAAUAAAGAAGCAGCGCGUUGCGGGAUUUUGA